GGGGGCUGAUGGCGGCCUGCGGGUGGCAACCGUCAUGCGAGGAGCCCGCCUGCACUGUGCCUGCGUUGCUCGGCCACGCAGAAGCCCUUUCAGGCUGCUGUGGACCUUUCCUGUCGGGAUCCGGUCUCAGUCCCACCCCAGCUCGCACUGUGUAAGACCACGGGGCCUGGAGGCCAGAGGUGAAGCUGGGACACGUCCCGUAUCCAAAGAGCACCGUGCCAGGGGAGGAGCUGUCACUUGGCUGAGCCUGGUUUUAUGGGGGCUUAAGUUAUCCCUUUUUAGAUAUAAGCAAGAAUAAGCCCUUCUCUUUAUUUAAAAACGAGAUCUGGGAGAAUCUUCACAAUCCUCCCGUGAUGAGGAAUAUGCACUAACGUGCACUGCGAUUUCCGUGAGGAAACGGGAAAGAGAAACGCACUGAAGGGCUCGCUGUGGAUGCUUCUGAUGGAGGGGCACCGAAGCCACUAAAAGCACGAACCGGCGCCUGCGUAGCGUUGCCCGGAGGGACGCAGGGAAGCCGCUCGGCAGCUCUGAGCCAGGAUCUGGCUGCGGGUUUCUGGCUCCUGGGCGGCGCUUCCCUCCCAGAGCACCUCCACUGUUCUCCCAGCGAUGGUCCGCUGCGGUCAGGCAGCAGUGCUGUCUGGGAUACGCAGCAGCUGAGCCGCAGGCCCUGCGGGACGCCCCGUGCCGUGCUGUGCAGGUCCUGCUGCAGGGCAGGAGGGCGGCCCUUUGCUGUUUCCAUCGCCUGCUGGAGCUGCUGAAGCGAAAUGGGUUUCUGUCCAUGACUUACUGCCUGCUGAGCGGAUCAAAGAGACAAAACAUCUUGGAUUGAUUUGCGGGGCAGUGUUUUAAGGGGGAGGGUUUGAGGCUAUACAAGAGAGAAGGUCCGCGGGGAAAGCUGAUACCUCUCAUUAAACCGGCAGACAGUGCUGGAUGAGGAGCUAAGCUUGGAGGCUCGGUGCCUGGGAGCCUGUCUGCACUCUUUAUCUUUUCCAGCUGUGCUGAGAGGGAUCAGACUGAGGUUUCAGCCCUGGCCCAGUCACGCCAGCUACAUCCUGGCUGACUCUGGCCAUGAUCUUACACAGCUGGGAGGGUCCACAAGGCCGUGGCGCUGCCUUGCACAUCUGUCUGGCUGAACUUCCUGAGUGCUUCCGUUCCUUCCUGUGAUGCUUCUGUAAUUUACAACUCCAGGGUGAUGUUUUUAUGUCCAAUAAAAUGAUAAUUGCAGGGCUCGUCCUAGAACCUCCUGUGCUCCUUGGGAUUGCUCCUCCAGGGGGAAGAGGUGGCACGGGCUGCCACCAUUGCAGAGCAGCUGGGAAACAGCCACCAGCUCUGCAUGUCUGCAGCUCUGAAUGUGUAUCAGACAGCAGAACAGCCCUGAGGUAAAGCUUUAAAAACUGCUUCUUCUUUUAAGCAGCUCCAACUGCUUUCUGGGUCACAGCUUGUGAUGCUGGGGCUGGUCAGGUGCUGAUUUGGGCCAUGUCCGUGGCUGGCAAAAUAAACUUUAAUGUCUAACAAAUCUCUGUGUGUUCAGUAUAACCCCUUGCAGUGCUGGGGCAGAACCGGGUCAUGCCUCACAUGGGAAUGUGGGUGCCAGGAGGGGGACAGUGCGUCCCUGCUGGGAGCCAAGCGUGGGCUGUGCUCAGUGAAACUGCACUUUCUUGGCUUUACUGGCAUGCAUGGCCCAGAGAGCUUGAAGAAUCCUGCAGUGGGGACUGCAGGGCUUGGGGCAGCCAGGCUGGAGCCCCCCAGUGCCCUACAACACCUCACAAUGAGUGGCAGGUGACAAUAGAGAGGGCUGCCAUGGUGAAGGCUGCCAUGGUGAAGGCUGUCACAGCAGCCCUGGUGACCAGAGCCACCAGUGUGGGACAUGGGCAGCAAGGGGACAACACCGGCCUCUGGCUGGGCCAGAGCAGGGGCAGGCUCCUGGGCAAUCCAACUGCCCCAUUUCCAGUUCAAGGUGAUGCUGAAGAAACGCAAGCAGCAGCAAGAGAGGCUGGGCCCGGGAACGUACAACAUCAGGGAUUUCCUGCAGGAGACGCAGCCCUCGAGCCUGAGGGGCAUCUGCGACACGAGGGAGCAGAGGUUCAGAGAAAGCCGGCGGGACUGCUUCCCUGGGCCUGGCACCUACGGCCCCCACGGGAACCCCUACACUCUCCUUGAGGAGCGGGACAAGCGCUCCGCCAGCACACGAGGGCUGAUGGACAGCAGGACAGAGAAGUGCGUCUUCCGGACAGCCAUGGGCAGUGGCUUGGGACCUGGCACCUACUCCCCAUGGAGCAGCACCGAGGAGCGGCUGCGACGGGCAGGCAGGCACAUCCCCUGCCAGGUCUUCUCAAGGGACAGGGUGAAGCCUGCAGGUGGCCGGCAGCGCGAUGGGGAGCAGGGGGAAGGCACCGAGCUGCACGCUGCCACUGCCAAGGGGUUCCUGGAUGAGCUGAUGUCAAAGGAUAACAAGAAGAAAGGCUGCUUCAGCACACUGCCACGGAACCCGGGCUGCCCCACAGAGAGGAUCUUCUGGGCCACACUCAGCCAGUGCCCGAGGGACGCGUAUGUGGUGGGGCCAGGCUCAUACAAUCCAAAGCCCGUUGAGAGAUCGGCGGACUUCAACCAGCCCCCGUUCUGGUCAUCUGCCAAGAGGUUUGACAGGAAGUCCGAACGCCUCUUCAUGGGGAAUGAGCAGAAUCAGCAGCACACUGAAGAGCCAAUGCAGAAUCCCGUGGGUGUGGGCCGCUAUAACGUCACCAGGCACGAAAAAUACCCUCGGAAGAUCAGAUACCAGUCCCUGUACCAGAGUGACACGCAGCGGUACCUGAGCAACUUGAAGCAGGAUGCCUACCUGCUCGAGCGCCUGAAGCCUGCUGCGAAAAACAAAUGGAGUCAUUCGAUUUCUGCUCCACGUUGUCCAGAUACCUGUGAAGAAAGCACUGCUGUUUUCCACAUGUAAGAUGGUGCUGGAAAGCCUGAACUGGCAAAUAAACCACGGACGUGGCAGUGGA